AAAAUCAUAUUCAAUAUUCAUCCAAUCCAAAUCAAUCCUUCAUCCUCGCCACCACAUCCUUCUCACCAUGCCCCCUUCUCUUCUCUCUCUCCCUUCUCCUUCUCCUUCUCCUUCUCCUUCUCUCCUUAAACCCUUCCUAAACCCUAAUCCUCUCCUCCAUAUCCAUCUCCAUCUCCAUCCCCGUUUCCUCUGCAACCUCACCACAGCUCCGUCCCCUAAAAGCCGCUACGCAACCGCUUCCUCAAGAGGCAAAACCAAAGAACUCGUCCUCGGCACUCCAACCAUCACUUUAGAGAAAGGAAAGUAUAGCUACGAUGUCGAAACCUUAAUCAACAAGCUCAGUAGCCUUCCCCCUCGCGGUAGCAUCGCUCGCUGCCUUGAAUCCUUCCGCAAUCGUCUCUCCCUCUCUGACUUCGCCGUUGUCUUCAAGGAAUUCGCCCGCCGUGGCGACUGGCAACGCUCCCUCCGCCUCUUCAAGUACAUGCAGCGCCAGUCCUGGUGCCGCCCCAAUGAACACAUCCAUGCCAUUCUCAUUGGUGUUCUUGGCCGUGAGUCCCUCCUUGAGAAAGCCAAUGAGGUGUUUGACGAAAUGCCUGCUCAUGGUGUACCACGUUCCGCUCUCUCUUAUACCGCUAUUAUCAAUGCUUAUGGCCGGAGUGGCUUCCAUGAACGCGCUCUUGAGUUGUUGUCCAAUAUGAAGGCUGAACGCAUUCCGCCGUCCACGCUCACUUACAACACUGUGAUCAAUGCUUGCGCGCGCGGUGGUGUUCCCUGGGAUGCGCUGCUCGGACUAUUUGCUGAGAUGCGGCAUGAUGGCGCACAACCGGAUAUUGUAACUCAUAACACUCUUCUCGCUGCCGCUGGAAGUCGUGGCCUUGCUGACCAAGCUGAGAUGGUUUUUCGGACAAUGCUUGAAGCUGGUAUCUUUCCUGAUUACACUACUUAUAGUUAUUUAGUAGAAACAUUUGCGAAGCUUGGUCAGCUUGGGAGGGUUGCUGAGCUGCUUGGGGAAAUGGAAGAAAGUGGCCAUCUUCCUGAUGCCUCGGCAUACAAUGUGCUUAUGGAGGCUUAUGCGCGGGCUGGUGCUGCCAAGGAUGCAGUCAAUGUGCUUCGGCAAAUGCAAGGGGCGGGUUGUACACCUAAUGCUGCUACUUAUAGUAUCUUGCUGAAGCUUUAUGGGAGGAAUGGGCAGUAUGAGGAUGUGAGGGAGCUGUUCUUGGAGAUGAAGGUUGGGAAUACAGCACCCGAUGCGUCUACCUAUAAUAUACUCAUACAGGUGUUUGGAGAGGGAGGAUACUUUAAGGAAGUGGUCACAUUGUUUCAUGAUAUGGUGGAGGAGAAUGUGGAGCCUAACAUGGAGACCUAUGAGGGGCUUAUAUUUGCCUGUGGGAAGGGUGGCCUCCAUGAAGAUGCUAAAGGCAUACUUUCACAUAUGAACAGCAGAGGAAUGGUUCCCAGCUCCAAGGCAUAUACCGGUGUUGUUGAAGCUUAUGGUCAAGCUGCUCUUUAUGAGGAAGCUUUUGUUGCAUUCAAUACAAUGCAUGAGAUUGGGAGCUUGCCGACAAUUGAGACAUACAGUUCCCUUCUACACACAUAUGCCAGAGGAGGGCUGUUCAAGGAGGCCGAGGCAAUUUUGACGAGGAUGAAUAAUGCUGGGAUUUGGAGGAAUGAGGACUCUUUUAAUGGCUUGAUUGAAGCGUUCUGCCAGGGUGGCCAAUUUGAGGAUGCUGCUAAGGCAUACGCGGAAAUGCAGAAGUCAAGGUGCAAUCCAAAUGAACGGACUCUUGAGGCAGUCCUCAAUGUCUAUUGUUCCGCAGGGCUUGUAGAUGAGAGUAAAGAGCAGUUUCAAGCGAUCCAGUCCUUGGGAAUCAUGCCCAGCAUCAUGGCUUAUUGCUGGAUGCUGUCAGCGUAUGCUAAGAAUGACAGAUGGGAGGAGGUAUACCAACUACUUGAAGAAAUGAGGACCAACAGGACUUCCAACCCUCAUCAAGUAAUUGCUUCCAUGAUUAAGGGUGAUUAUGAUGAUGAGUCAAAUUGGCAAAUGGUGGAGUACAUCUUUGACAGAUUUAACUCUGAAGGCUGUGGCUUUGGCAUGAGAUUUUAUAAUGCAAUUUUGGAAACACUAUGGUGGUUGGGACAACGGGCUCGAGCUGCUCGCGUGCUUCGGGAAGCAACAAGCCAUGCUCUCUUUCCAGAGCUAUAUCGAGAAAGCAAACUUGUCUGGUCUGUAGAUGUGCACCGAAUGUCGGUUGGUGGAGCUCUCACAGCGAUAUCUAUAUGGUUGAAUGACAUUUACGAAAGAGUCAGAAGAGGGGAUGAUCUUCCUAAUUUGGCUACUGUUGUUGUAGUACGUGGAGAAAUGGAGAAAAGUUUAGCAACCAGAAAUCUUCCUGUUGCAAAGGCUGUGUUUUCCUUUCUAAAAGAUAACGUAUCACCGUCAUUCAAUUUCUCUGGAUGGAACAAGGGUCGGAUUGUCUGCCAGCGAUCACAACUAAAGCGACUUUCAUCUCUAGCCCCCAGUCUUUCUUCAGAGGUUCCUAUUGAAGGGUUGAUUUCAAUUACUAAUUCAUCCUUUCCGCUUCCCGGCAGUCAAUUAUACACUACAGCAGAUGUCGACACAGACCAACAGAGUGGCAGCAAAAUAGCAGCCUUCAAAUCAGAAAAUGAAAUCAUGGAAACUGUUAUGCGAUAAAGUCAAUAACAAUCAUCUCGUCUCUUUUCAUCUUGAGCUGAUCCUUUUGGCUUAUCGCAAAUGCAGUGAGAGGAUUGAAGCAAACAUGAUGCUUGGUCACCAAACAUGAAGGAGUUCCUCUUAAGGUGUACCGAUGAAACGAUACUCUUUUCUAAAUCAUGGUAUUAACUGCAUUCACAAAGUGUGUGAGUUAUCAUCUUGGUGCAGUCUUAUGAUGUUUGUAAAUGGCGAAAAUUUGGAGCUAACCCAACUGCCGAAACAAGUGAGUUUUGAAUGGAGGUAAGCAUUAUUUUUUGUCAAUUGCUUGUUCUUCAUGUGGAUUCUUAUACUUGGUAUCAACAAGAACAAGAAAAUUAGGAGCCAUGCUCAUGAUUUUUUAAGUCGGUAGGAUUUUGUGCAUGCAUGAAUGAAUUAAUUCACGUCAAAAAUGAGUAGUAAAGAUCCCAUGUUUAUAUGUAUGAAUGUGACAGUGAAUUCUCUCUGUUUGAUAGAAAAUCACUGUAGUCUGUAUUUUGUACUAAAACCUUUGUUUUGUAUUUGUUUUUGUUUUUAAUUUUGGAAAAAAAUUGCACAUAUACCCCAGUUGAAGUGUAUAUUUGCAUAUGUAGGUCUUAAAAAUUUAAUAUUUGUGCAUAUAAUAUAAGCACAAGGACACCAAAACUAUAUCAUUUGUAUGUGUGGAUAAACUUAGGUGGUGUUUGUAUUUGAUGUAUUUUGGAUUAUAUAUAAAUUUAAAUACA